UGUGUUAAACUAAACAAAAACUUCACAGGGUCAAAUCCUCUAAAUGGUAAGUAUUUAUACGCAAUCGCAUUAUUCAAUGGGUACAGUUUUUUUCCUGUAGUUCCAUAUUAGCAGUUUCGAGUAGUUAAAUCUGCAGUGACGUGUCUAAUGAUAUUAGGAGUAUUUUACCAGAUCAGCCAUGGUGUUUACACAAGUGGUAGCCAUCAAAGAAAAAGCACCUGGAUCCAAAGUAUACAAUUAUGCUGAUUCGUUCUGGUGUACAUAUAUUGUAUCUGUGGCCGCUGCCAGUGUUGCAGAAAUGUUAACAUACCCAUUAGAUUUAACUAAGACCCGUCUUCAAAUUCAAGGUGAAAAAGCUACUAGUAAUAAACCAACACAAUACAGAGGUAUGUUGAAAACAGCUAUUGGCAUUGUGAAUGAAGAAGGAGCUUUAAAAUUGUGGCAAGGUGUUACGCCUGCGCUUUAUAGACAUGUUGUUUAUUCUGGAAUCAGAAUUGUUUCAUAUGAAACUAUGCGUGAUAAAUUACUGUUAAAAAAUGAAGAUGGAUCAUUUCCAAUUUGGAAAUCAGCCUUAAGCGGUGUCACAUCUGGUGCAAUAGCUCAAUAUUUUGCUAGUCCAGCCGACUUAAUCAAAGUUCAAAUACAGAUGGAAGGCAAACGGCGGUUAAUGGGUGAACCUCCUAGAGUGUUAAGCGCUGCACAUGCAUUCAAAAAAAUAUUAUCGGAAAGUGGUAUUCGUGGUUUAUGGAAAGGCUCAAUACCCAAUGUACAACGCGCUGCUCUUGUAAAUCUUGGUGAUUUAACGACUUAUGAUACAGCUAAACAAUUAAUAAUGCAUAAAACUGGAUUACCUGAUUCACACCUUCUACAUUGUCUUUCUAGUAUAUGUGCUGGAUUAGUGGCAGCAACAUUAGGAACUCCUGCAGAUGUUGUAAAAACACGGGUUAUGAAUCAACCAACUGACAAAAAUGGAAUUGGACUAGUAUACAAAGGAUCUUUGGACUGCUUUUUUAAAACAGUUGAAAAUGAAGGGUUUUUUGCUUUGUACAAAGGAUUUUUACCUGUUUGGAUCAGAAUGGCUCCCUGGUCGUUAACUUUUUGGAUGAGCUUUGAACAAAUACGUCAUAUGCUUGGUGCUACUGGGUUUUAGACAUUACAGUGUAUAUUCAUUAGAUCUCA